ACAUCUCUAGCAGUACUUUGCUGCAGUUUCUCAUCCAACAUGGCAGAGAUGGAAAACUUGUAUAAUACUCCUGCUGAGAAGCUAGAUGCCUUUGUGGAUCACAUGCUCCAGCCAGAUAAAGAGUGGAAGGAAGAAGUCAAAGAUGUCUUUAAGAGGAUUGCUGCCUUCUUUCGAGAUCACUGCUUCCAGGACUAUAUUAUAAGAAACAAAGAGGUCAAGGUGAUAAAGGUGGUGAAGGGAGGCUCCUUUUCCAAGGGGACGGGCAUAAAAAACGUUUCUGAUGUGGAUGUGCUCCUUUUCCUGAGUUGCUUCUCCAGCUUUGAAGACCAGUACAAACUCCGGCAUGAAAUCAUUGAAUUCAUGAGGAACAAGCUCGAAAAGUGCCAAGAAAGUAUAGCCUAUGACAUUGUCACUGUCCGAAAACAAGGGACCUUAUUUUGGCCCCCACGAUCCUUGAACUUUGAUGUCCAAUCAAAGAAGAGGACAAAACUGAUCCAUGUGGAUGUGCUACCGGUCUUCGAUGCUCUAGGGGAAGAAAAGCCACGCUCAGUCUGUCAGACUUUGAGGCAAGAAAAUGGCCCAUAUGUGGAUCAAAGACCACACGCUACGGUCUAUAAAAACCUAAUAAACAACAGAAGAUGUCCUGGAGAGUUUGCUCCAUCCUUCAGUGAACUGCAAAGAAAUUUUGUGAAACAUCGUCCAACCAAGCUGAAGAGCUUUCUUCGGCUAGUGAAGUACUGGUAUCGAGAGUACAUGAAAAAGAAAUACCCAGGAGAGCAUAUUCCCCCCAAAUAUGCCCUGGAACUGCUGACUAUUUAUGUCUGGGAGACGGGACAGCCAAAUACAGAUGACUUCUCUCUGGCUGAAGGAUUUGUGACACUGAUGAAUUUGGUGAAAGAUUAUAGAAAUAUCUGUAUCUACUGGACCGUUUAUUAUGAUUUCAAAAAUCAAGCAGUUGGACACUUUUUGAAAAGGCAGCUGAGAUACGUACCACAAACCAAAGAGGAAAAAAGGCCAAUCAUCCUGGACCCAGCAGACCCCACCAACAAAGUAGGGAAUGGAUACAAGUGGGAUCUGAUAGCUAAGGAGGCUUCCUAUUGCCUUAGCCAGGCCUGUUCUCAACUGAAAGACGGAAGUCCCGUCUCAAGCUGGAAUGUAAAGGGAGCAAGAAAUAUAAGUGUGACUGUGAUAUGUCCUGGUUUAGGGAAGUGGGAAUACUGUGUGAAUCCCUAUGACUCCAUUCAAAAGAUAAAAAAGGAAAUUGAAAAGGUUAAAAAGAUCCCCAUAGAUGAUCAGAGGCUCUCCUUCAAGGAACCCAAGAGAAAGCCCCAGGUAUUGAUGGAACACAGCAACCUGGCAGAAUAUGACAUCUUCUACAAAAUAAAAAUUGAAGUGCUUGUAAUCAGUUCUGCCAGACACCAUAUCCAUGUGAAAUUUCCUGAUAACACCUGCCAAACCUACCCCCUUGAAGACAGAGAUACUGUCCUAAUGGUGAAACAGCAGAUUGAAGAGCAGAAAAAGUAUCCUGUGAAAAAUCAGAUUCUGACAUUCCAAGGUAAAUUCCUUCGGCAGAGAAACACCCUCAGAUACUUUGAUAUUCAAGAUGGCGACACUCUGGAGUUGAAACUGAUGUCCUGCAAAUAAAAGGGGGAAAUUGAAGACCAGAAAAGAGAAGGUGGUGUUGGCAAGAGCUUAGCAAUUAUGGGAACAUCCUCACGCUCCCAUCAGUGAAGCAAGCUCUACUCUAACUCCUAUGCUUCCUGUUCCACCCUCCCCUCCAUCUUCCAUAUUGAGUGUUAGACUAAGAUGAUUCUUUAACGGGACAGAAAAACUGUAUACAAAAGUAUAAAAAGAUCCAGCUAAGUGAGAACUAAGUGAGAACAGCUAUACUUGGGUUCUCAGUACCCUCCAGGAAGUACCUGCCUAGCUACUGUGAUGAUUCUGGAGGAGAGGAAAGAAGAAGUAUUUAAUUUUGAUUUGGAAUCUUUCUUAAUUGAUUCUUUUCCUCUCUUCUUAAAUUAAGUUUUUAACUGCAUUUUGCACUUCAUAAAUACUUUUGAUUGCAUUUUAAUCUUGACAUAUGAAAUUGUUUAAAUGGUCUAACUUGGGUCUAUCCCAAAAUAGAGGGAAAGGAACCAGGAAUGGUAGACCUGGCCCUUCCUUUUUAAACUACUCCUCUAAAAAGUCCUUCAAUCCUUCUUUUCUUGUUCUUUGUCUUUCUUUUCUAUGCUGAACUUAACAGGAGGAAAGGAUACCUCUAGGGAGGGCCCAUUUCAUGGUCUUCUGGGUCAAUCCAGCCCUUUGUUUAUUGUACGGAUCAAUAAAAUUUGUUUUAUUUAGGACUUA